AUGUCUGCCUUCGGGGGCGCGCCGUCGUGUAAGUGUGUCGUAGCGCCAGAGGCAAUGCGUCAGAUAGCUGCGCCGAAAACAGCACAUACCGGGGCGCUUUAUUUGUGCAGUCGGAGACACAGCCAGCCCAUGGACCAGCCCAAGGACUUCACCCCGGCGCCACGCUUCAAGGGCUUCCGAGAAUGCUGCAUAUGGAGGAUGGGGCGCCGUCGCAAAAAGCCCCGACGCGCGUCGCCCUGGUAUUGUGGCGAAAGUUGCCGCGGGGCGCUUCAGGCUGGCCCCCCGGCCCCGGCGCCUUCGGUCUUAAAAGGCGGGCGGGCCUUACGCAGGCGGCGCAGCGGAAGAGGCGCGCGACUUUUUGGGGGGCGCGCGAGCACGCAGC